AUGGAGUACGUGACGCUGUUUGCCCUGCAUAUCCUCCGGCUGCCUGGUGAGGAAAUGUUUGCAAACCUAAACCUCUCCAACCGAAGAGCACUUGAUGGUCUCACCGAUGAAGGCAGUUCAGGUUCAGUGAAUGAGAACCAGAGACCGUCAAAUUCGUAUAACGGAGACCUGAAUGGACUGCUGGUGCCUGACCCCAUCGUGGCUGGAGAUGGACCGUCUCUGUCAAAGCCGGUGCAUCGCAGCGUUUCUCUGGGGGCCCUGCAGGAGAAGCAAGUCAUCUGCCUUUCUGGUGAUGACAGCUCUACCUGCGUAGUGAUAUUAGCAAAAGAUGUGGAGAUAGUGGCCAGCAGCGAUUCCAGCAUCACCAGUAAGGCCAGAGGGAGUAACAAGGUGAAAAUACAGCCUGUUGCUAGAUAUGACUGGGAGCAGAAAUACUAUUAUGGCAAUCUGAUAGCCGUUUCAAACUCUUACCUGGCUUAUGCCAUUAGAGCUGCCAGUAACGGCUCCGCUAUGGUGCGGGUGUUGAGCGUCAGCACUGCAGAGCGGACCUUGCUGAAAGGAUUCACGGGCGGUGUGGCAGACCUGGCUUUUGCUCAUCUCAACUCCAACCAGCUGGCGUGCCUGGAUGAGGCCGGCAACCUUUUUGUCUGGCGCCUGGCCAUGGAUAAAGAGAAAAUCCAAGAGGAGAUCCUGGUUAACAUCAAGCGACCUGACAGUACCCCGUUGAACACCUCUCGAAGAAUCAUCUGGUGUCCUUUCAUCCCCGAUGAUAAUGAGGAGAGCGGUGAAGAGGGAAGUCAGACGUUGGCGUUGUUGCACGAGGACAGGGCAGAGGUGUGGGAUUUGGACAUUAUCCGAACAAACAACAGCUCCUGGCUGGUGGAAGUGCCUAACAUCAAAGAGGGCUUCAUCGUAGUGAAAGGCCACAGCACGUGCCUGAGUGAGGGAGCACUUUCCCCAGAUGGAACUGUGUUGGCCACAGCAAGCCACGAUGGUUUUGUCAAGUUCUGGCAGAUCUAUAUUGAGGGGCAAGAUGAACCAAGGUGUCUUCAUGAGUGGAAACCCCAUGAUGGUAGGCCUCUUUCCUGCCUGCUCUUUUGUGACAACCAUAAAAAACAAGACCCAGAGGUUCCCUUCUGGAGAUUUCUCAUCACAGGAGCAGACCAGAAUAGAGAACUGAAGAUGUGGUGCACUGUGUCUUGGACCUGUCUGCAGACUGUCCGCUUUUCUCCUGACAUCUUCAGCUCCAUGAGUAUUCUUCCCAGCCUGAAAGUCUGCCUGGACCUCUCUGCUGAAUAUCUGAUACUGAGCGAUGUGCAGAGAAAAGUCUUGUAUGUGAUGGAGCUGAUGCAGAACCAAGAGGAGGGCAAAGCUUACUUCAGCUCCAUCUCCGAGUUCCUUCUUACCCACCCAGUCCUAAGCUUUGGUAUCCAGGCAGUGAGCCGCUGCCGAUUAAGGCACACCGAAGUGCUCCCAGCAGAAGAGGAGAAUGACAACUUGAGUGUAGAAGGUGCUCAGGGAGCCGGGGCUGUUGAAUCAGCCGCAGGCGUGCUGAUAAAACUCUUCUGUGUGCACACCAAUUCCUGUAAGUUGAUUUAUAUUUCUGCCUUGGAAGCCUUUCCAGACCACAUGGCUGAUCUAAGCACGGAAGGGCUGGGAUCUGAAAAAGGAUCGGUGCAUGGCUCUCAGCCAGACCUGCGACGUAUUGCUGAUCUGCCUGUACCAGCGGACUUCCUUUCUCUCUCAAACGAUGCUAAACCUAAGCUGAUGACUCCAGAUGCAUUCAUGACACCAAGUACAUCUCUUCAACAGAUUGCUGUAUCUCCAGGCAGCAGCGUCAGUUCCCUGACAGCAGUCACAGCCAUGAGUAGCACUUCUGUCACAGAUGCCUCUAUGCCCAGGCCAUCGGAAGACUUGACUGUGAGCCCCAAGAUGCAGCUGGACACCAGCCUCACGCUGAGCAGCAGUAGCAGCAGUCUCCAGACCAGUCCUAGGAGCCAUUCAGUUCUUAUCCCAGGCCUCCCUGACAAGCUGACACCAAAGGCACCUGUUCCAGUCAUGCCAGGAAACCCCUCUCUAGCACUGGAACUGAAGGAGGUGGAGCCCUUGGUGGUGCCCCAGGCUUCUCCCACCCGCGAGCGCUCGCCAGACGUCAUUUCCUCUGCCUCCACAGCCAUGUCCCAAGAUAUCCCAGAGAUUGCUUCUGAGACCUUGCAACGCAGCUUUGCGGCAGCUCCAUCUGGGCUCCCCGUGGAGGUGCUGGAGCCCAGUCAUCACACAGACAGUAUGGCAUCCGCUGCCUCAGCCUUGCAUUUGCUGUCUCCAAGGAACCGACACAAUUCAGAGCACAGCCACCACUCUUUGGACAUGCCUCCAGUGGAGGUGGACAGACUGAAUGCUCCAUCAUUACUGGAAACUGCUUUAACUCAGGAAAAUGCAUCUUCUGACAGCGUUGUGAGUCAACCAUGGCCAGCAGCUCCUGACAUAACCAGAGAAACCAGGAACAGCAUGGCAGACAGCCCAAGGGAUGAGGUUGAAGAAAAGCACAAGAGCUCUUCCUACCAUCGACACAGCUACCACCUGCUACAGCAUGACAGCCAGGAUGCUAGUGCAGAACAAAGUGACCAUGAUGAUGAAGUUGCAAGCUUGGCUUCUACGUCAGGUGGAUUUGGUGCCAAAGCAUCUACGCAGAGGCUGCCUGUGAAGGACUGGAAAGCCAAGGCAUCCCCUCGGGCUUCCCCAAAGCUAAAGCGGAAGGGCAAGAAAGAUGACGGGGAUGUGAACCAUUCGCCAAGAUCCUCUAACAACCAGGUGACGCCCGAGUUCCAGGAUGAGCUGAUGUGCGUAUUGAGGAGCCAACAGCGGGAGCUCUCUGAGCUGCGUCAGAACCAGAUGGAGCUGCUGCAGAGGCUCACGGAUCACCUCGACGCCAUUCAGAGCUCCCUCAUGGGCCACGUGGAGAGGGUGCUGGACUCCCAGCAGGAGCAGGAGCAGAGAAGGCUAGACCGAGCACUGACGGAAGGACAGCAGCGCAACGGGCAGCUCCAGGAGCAUCUGUCUCAGCAGCUCUCUCAGUCCCUUUCCACUGCUGUGUGUAACCGUCUGGAGAGGACCAUUCGCGAGGAGAUGAAGAAGACUGUACCCCAGUGCAUUUCCAAGAGCCUGGACCCUAUUGCUGGCCAGCUGAGUAACACUAUUGCCACCAAGAUCACUGCUGUUGAGGGGACAUUGAAGGAGAGUAUCACCAAGCUAGUGAAAUCAAAGAACCUUACAGAUACCGUUGUGAGGGCAACAGCUGAUACCCUGCAGGGGCCGAUCCAGUCAGCUUACCGGGAAGCUUUUCAGAGUGUUGUGUUGCCAGCCUUCGAGAAGAGCUGCCAGUCCAUGUUCCAGCAAAUCAAUGACACCUUCAAGCAAGGCACACAGGAAUAUAUCCAGCAGCUGGAGACUCACUUGAAGAACAAGAAGGUACGAGAACAGGAGGCGCGGGACCCACUGCUGAAUCAGCUUCGACAGCUCAUCAGCACCUUCCAGAGCAGCACCGAGCAGCUGGCUUCCACUGUCGCAGCCAGCGUCCACGCCGAGGUGCAGCACCAGCUGCACAUUAUCGUGGGCAACAUGCAGGAGUCUAUUUUGGCCCAGGUGCAGAGAGUCAUUAAAGGAGAAGUGAGCCUGGCUAUGAAGGAGCAGCAAGCAGCUGUCACCUCGAGCAUCGUCCAGGCGAUGCGCUCGGCAGCCGGGACUCCGAUCCCCUCUACUCACUUGGAUUUCCAGUCUCAGCAAACUCACAUCCUUCAGCUGCUCCAGCAGGGACACCUCAACCAAGCUUUCCAGCAGGCUCUAACAGCAGCUGAUCUCAACCUGGUCCUGUAUGUCUGUGAGACUGUGGAUACUCAGCAAGUGUUCGGGCAGCAUCCGUGCCCGCUGUCCCAGCCUGUGCUGCUGUCCCUCAUUCAGCAGCUCUCCUCGGAUCUGGGUACUCGUACAGAACUGAAGCUGAACUACUUGGAGGAAGCAGUGAUGCACCUGGACCAGAGUGACCCCAUCACCCGAGACCACAUGGGGUCAGUCAUGAACCAGGUGCGGCAGAAGCUCUUCCAGUUCCUCCAGGUGGAACCCCACAACACGCUGAGCAAGCCUGCCCGUCGCCUCAUGAUCAUGCUCCAGGGCCUGGUCACCCCUGGCAUGACCUAGGAGGACCCGGCUCCCUUGGGGGCUGCUCCGUGGAAGCCCACCCAGCAGAUCCGGUAGUUACUAACCACGUAUGGCUUGUGUUAAGAGCUCUCGCCGGGAAACCUA